GGGCGGCCCAACGCCUUCCGCGUGGCCAAGCUGAUGAUGUACCUGGUGCUGGGCAUCCACUGGCACGGCUGCCUCUACUUCGCGCUGUCGGCGCGGCUGGGGCCGGGCACCGACCCCUGGGUGUGCCCCGCCUUCGCGCGCCCGCUGCGCCGCUACCUGCACAGCUUCUACUUCUCCACGCUGGUCCUGGCCAUGGUGGGCGACACGCCGGCGCCGCGGCGCGAGGAGGAGUUCCUCUUCGCCACCGCCGGCUUCCUGCUGGCCGUGCUGGGCUUCGCCACCGUCACCGGCGGCAUCAGCGCCGUCAUCGCCAACCUCAGCGCGGCCGACGCCGCCUUCUACCCCGACGCGGGGCCGGUGCGGCGGUACCUGCGGGCGCGGGGCGUGGGCGGGCGGCUGGCGGGGCGCGUGGCGCGCUGGCACCGGCACCUGCGGGCGCAGCGCAAGCUGCCGGCGGAGCGGGCGGUGCUGCGGCGGCUGCCGCGGGGGCUGCGGGCCCAGGUGGUGGCCGACGUGCACCUGCCGGCCCUGCGGCGCGUGGGGCUGUUCCGCGGCUGGGGGCACGAGGUGCUGCGCCAGCUGGUGCUGCGCCUGCGCCCGCAGGUCUUCGGCCCCGGCGAGUUCGUGUGCCGGCGCGGCGACGUGGGCCGCGAGAUGUACUUCGUGCGCGAGGGCCGGCUGGCCGUGGUGGCCGAGGACGGCGUCACGCGGCUGGCCGUGCUGGGCGAGGGGCUCUACUUCGGGGAGAUCAGCCUCAUCAACAUCAAGGGGAACACGGCGGGGAACAGGCGCACGGCCAACAUCCUCAGCAUCGGCUACUCGGACCUGUUCUGCCUGGGCAAGGAGGACCUGGCCGAGGUGCUGGCCGAGUUCCCCCGCGCCCGCGCCGCCAUGGAGGCCAAGGGCCGGGAGCUGCUGCUGGCCAUGGGCCGGCUGGACACGGGCGCUGAGGCGGCAGCGGCGGCGGCCGAGGCCGAGGCUGAGCGGCGGCUGCGGGGGCUGGAGGAGGCCCUGGAGGGGCUGCAGACGCGGGCGGCUCGGCUGCUGGCACAGCUGGAGGCCAGCGCCCUGCGCAUGGCCCUGCGCAUCCAGCGCCUCGAGGGGCGGCUGCACCUGAGGCAGCAGCGGGACGAGGCAGCGGGAAUGGCUGGGGCAGCAGGAAUGGCCACACCGCAGGGGCCAGCCAGGACACGGGGUCCUGCUGGAGGACAGGGGCCCCCCAGGACACGGGGUCCAACCGAGACGCAGGGUCCCCUCAGGGCCCGUGAUCCUGUCGGUGACUGCGAUCCCUCCAAGGUGCAGGUUGCCCCCAAGGCACAAGGUCCUGUCCAGGGACCAAGUCCUGCUGGAGGAUGGGGUCCCACUGGGGUGCAGGGUCCCUCCAAGGCACAGAGUCCUCUUGGGGAUCAAGGUCUGCCCAGGGCACAGGGUCCCCCAAUGGCACAGGGUCCCCCAAUGGCAGAGGGUCCCCCAAUGGCAGAGGGUCUCCCGAUGGCAGAGGGUCCCCCAAUGGCAGAGGGUCGCAGUGUCACACGAGGUCCCCCCAGGUCACAGGGUACUCCCACGGUGCGGGGUCCCCUCAGGGCACAGGGUCCUCCCAGGACACAGGGUUCCACUGGGGCACAGGGUCCCAGUGGGGUGCAGGGUCCCAGGGGGGCACAGGCUCCCCGCAGGGCACAGGUUCCCCCCGGGGGCCGGGUUCCCCCUAAAGCACGGGGUCCCUCCAUAGCACAGGGACACCCUGGGGGAGGGGGUCCCCAUAGGAUGCAGGGUACCCCCAUGGCACAGGGUCCCUCUUGGUCACGGGGUUCCAGACGGGUGCAGGAACUCCCCGGGGCUCGGGGUCCUGCGAGGGGUCGGGGUGCGGGGGGACCCGUCCCACGGCGCUGA